UCUCCCUUCUCCCGUAGCCAUGGUCUUGCGCAGAACCUAACUCGCCAUUAGCUUCGUAGACAUUCCCUCUCAGCCCGUCUGCCUCUCCCUACACUUUCCUGUCAAUUCCAGAUGCACCAAUUGCUCGCGCCCUCUCCGUCGCCGCCGCAUACACCUCACCUCAGCUUCGAGCUUAGAUUCGUCUCUCGGAUUCAUGCCGCCCUGGUCUCUCUGCGCUCGUAGGCUUCUAAUGCCGGCCGAAGCCUGGUAUACCAAUUCCCUCUGCAUACCGCUGCGCUCCUCUUGCCUCGCCCACCUGCUCAGACCCUAGAACACACUGCCCGCUCCGACGCGACACGGACAAAGCGAGAAGAUGCCUGGAGGUGUCCAUCCGGCCGAGGGGGCGAUCGACGACCGUCACAACGACGACGAUUCGGGCGCCGCCGGGAAGCGGGACGCCAGACGGCCGCGGACUAUGACUAGCACUGCCGAGAUAGAUAGCACUAUCAUACACCCCGGCUCUGUCCGCAUCAACGUCAAGGGCGCGUUCAUCGUCGAUACCCCCGAGCAGCCUGGCACCCCCGCCAACGUGUCCCCGUCCGGCGGCGCCGCUUACUACGAGACGAAGGAUAUCCGGCUCCCCAAUCACACGGCUGUUAUCAGCCACAUCGCCGUCGACAUUGGCGGCUCGCUGGCCAAGCUUGUCUACUUCUCCCGCGAACCGCACUCGACCGAGCCGGGUGGGAGGCUGAACUUUCUAUCUUUCGAGACAGACCGCGUCGACGACUGCAUCGAGUUCAUGCGACACCUCAAAGACAACCAGCUCGCACUCAAUGGGUCUACGCCGGGCGAGCUGUGCGUGAUGGCGACGGGGGGCGGCUCGUACAAAUUCUACGACCGGAUACGGGAGCGACUCGGCGUCGACGUCCUACGGGAAGACGAGAUGGAGUGCCUGAUCAUAGGCCUCGACUUCUUCAUCACCGAAAUACCUCGUGAAGUCUUCACGUAUUCCGAGACCGACCCCAUGCACUUCGCCACUCCCCGUGCCGACAUUUACCCAUAUAUGCUCGUCAACAUAGGGUCUGGUGUUAGCAUGCUCAAAGUUUCCGGGCCGCGGACGUACGAGCGCGUAGGCGGCACGUCCCUCGGAGGUGGGACCCUCUGGGGCAUCCUAUCACUCCUAACGCCCGCCGAGUCGUUCGAUGAGAUGCUGGAUAUGGCCGCGCACGGUGAUAACGCCAAGGUGGACAUGCUCGUCGGCGACAUCUACGGCACCGACUACGGCAGGAUCGGGCUUAAGAGCACGACGAUCGCCAGCUCCUUCGGCAAGGUCUUCCGCAUGAAGCGGGAGGCGGAGCGCGAAGCCGAGGAGAUGGGCGGGCUCUCGAACGGCGACGAGCAGAAUCGUCGACGACAGCAGAACUCCUCCUCCCCGACGGCGGCGGCGACGACGACGACGUCAUCUUCCCAAACACAACCCAGCCGCCCCACGUCGUCGCGAGCGAGCGAGUUCGCGCGCUCACGCUUCUCGAGCGCCGACAUCUCGCGCUCGCUGCUAUACGCGAUCAGCAACAACAUCGGCCAGAUCGCGUACCUGCAGUCGCAGGUGCACGGUCUGUCGCGCAUCUACUUCGGCGGGUCCUUCAUCCGGGGCCACCCCCAGACCAUGAACACGCUGAGCUACGCCAUCAAGUUCUGGAGCAAGGGCGAGAAGCAGGCCUACUUCCUGCGCCACGAGGGAUACCUCGGCGCCGUCGGCGCCUUCCUCAAGCACCAGCCCCGCAACUGGGGCCGCCGCGGCAGCUUUGAGCAGGGCACCGCUACGGGUCCGGGGCGGGGGCAGGGGCAGGGGCAGGGGGUUAGCGACGGGAACGGGAACGCGGACGCGGGCGCUGCCAAUUCGCGGUAAAGCGCGCGGGAGGGCGGGGAACGAGGGGAGAGGAGGAAGAGAGGGACGAUGACGAACUACGGGGGGGGAGAAGGGGGGGCUAGCUGAGGAACGAACGGCGCCGACCGAAAUCGCAAUGCCCGACCGAAAACGAGAGCAGAGACGGAAGACGACGGAGCGAAUCUCGCGAGCGGAGGCUCUCACGAGCCGAGUACGGGCCCCCAGCGCAACGCCGCGCGCUCUCUCGGCGUCGUGCAGCUAGCUUGCGGAGAGACGCAGGCCCGUGGCGCUACGCCGUGUCGCGAGUCCCGGCGCCCACGCGCCGUCGCCUCAAAGUUGAGAGGGAGAAAGCGAGAGAGAGAGAGAGAGGGGGGAAGGGGGGAGGUAUUAAAAUAGCAUGGCAUUGCCGCCGGCGCCAGUCAGCGCGCGGUCGGAGUCGGAGAAUUAGAAACGGGGGGAAAGCGUCGAAGGAAUCCCAAUACAGAGUGCCCAGGCUGGCGCGGCGCGGCUGGGCGGUGUCUGCGGUUUUUUUGGAAGGGGAGGGA